AUGCUAAUAAAAAUAAUAAUAAUUCUGAGGUUGUUUGUGCUAAGUUUGUGGUUUUUAUGGAAAAAGAUUACUCCCUUCCCCAAAUAAUAUGAAGCCUUAUACAGUAAAACAUCUGAUAGCCUAUUAAACUAAAUUAGAUUUAUAACUUUCAAACCCAGACCCCAGACACCUCUCUCUCUCUCUCUCUCUCUCUCUCUCUCUCUGUAAUAAAGGACGUGAGACAGAAAGCAGGACAGAGACUCUGUGAUCGGGGAUUUGCGCUAAUCCGUGCUACGGUGCGCAUGCGCAGCGCGGCUCAUGGCGCAGAGACAGAGACACACACUCUCACACACUCGGCACUGAAUAAUGUGUCAGAGUGUUAAUGUAGAGCAGGACGAGGACAGUGAACGUGGUGCUCAGUGCGCGGAUCUGGGCUUGAAACCGUUACACGUGCUAUAGCACUUCACUUUCGGCGUUGCCAUGGCGACGACCUAAUUGGGAGGAGGAGGGAGGUGAAGGGAUUUACCGAGUUUGCUUUCUGGGUGCGCGGUUUGGGACGCGGCCGGGCUGAGACUCGGGACGUGUCGGGCUUCAAUCCGCAGAAACACACGGGACCCCUGGGAUUGUACACUAAACGGACAAAAGCGCACCAAUGAGCAUGUCCCACUGGGAGCUGAUUGAGCUGCAGGACCUCUCCCUCAGAGACAGGAUCGAGUUAGCGACCGCUGCCGGACCCGUGGGCCCCCAGAAACCCCCGGAGCAGCCGAGCACACAUGACACGGUGCGUCUGGUCGGAGACACGGUGCGUCUGGUCGGAGACACGGUGCGUUUCGACGUUUCGUUCUGGGAGACGUUCAGACAGGGGAAAGGUCACGAUUUCCAGGCCUGCGGUCACACACACCUCGCCUGGUGCGACCUGUGUGGAGAGUUCAUCUGGGGUGUUUACAAACAGAGCCUGCGCUGUGUCCACUGCAGGUACACAUGUCACUCCCGCUGUCGGCCCCUGAUACAGCUGAACUGUGAAGCCGUGCUCGGACCCUCGGACUGCAGCGAGGACAUCGAGACAGACACAGACGUGGACACUGUGGUGGACUGGAGGAAAGAGCAGCAGCUCUCCGUCACUGAACUCCAACACAAAGUAAAAGAAUACAACGCUCAGAUCAACAGCAACCUCUACAUGAGUCUGAACCGGGACGGCUCAUACACUGGUUUCAUCAAGGUCCAGUUCCAGCUGGCUCGGCCCAUCUCUCUUCCUCCCACUCUCAUUCCUCCCUCUUCCUCAUCCUCCUCUUCCUCUUCUUGCUCCUCCUUUUCCUCCCUGCCCUCCUCACAUGGCCUCUGCACGUCGUUCUACCUGCCCCGAGACAUGGCCAAGCAGCUGCACGUCAGCUCACGCACCCGGGUCCGAGAGGUAAUCCAGGCUCUGCUCAACAAGUUCACAGUGGUGGACAAUCCGGCCAAAUUCGCUCUGUUCGAACGCAGCGAGAGGAACGGCCAGGUGUACGUCAGGAAGUUGUGUGAUGAUGAGCGUCCGCUCUUCCUGCGUCUCUGUGCAGGCCCCAGCGAGAACACGCUUAGCUUCAUACUCAGAGAGAACGAGACAGGAGAGGUGAACUGGGACGCGUUCAGUCUCCCCGAGCUCGGCAACUUCCUGCGGAUCCUGCAGAGGGAGGAGGAGGAGCACGUCCGGCAGAUCGUACAGCGCUACUCACUGGCACGGGACAAACUGAAGGAGGCGCUGAGGAGCUUCAGCACGCCGGGAUGAGAGGAGUGUGACGGAGAGGAGCCGGACGCUACACACUCUGCUGAGAACACACACACUGUUGAAAACACACACACACACACUGCUGAAAACACACACACUGCUGAAACCAUCUGAACCAUCGCAGUGAGAAAACAAAGAGCUGCUGCAGGACGAGCUCAGGGUCUCUCUCUCUCUCUCACACACACACACACACACACACACACACACACACAGAGCACUGAG